GCUGGCGGCUCCGGAACCGGGUUCCGCAGGGCCCAGCGCCUCCGCCAGCAGCCGGGGGGGCUCGGGCGGCCCGUGGGACCGGGACGGGACCGGGACGGGGACAGGGACCGGGAUCGGGCCCCACCCGCCACCGCCGGGAGCCCGGAGAGGCAAAGCCCCGUCUACCCCGUACCAUGCCAAAACGGAAAUGCAAAUUCACCGAUGAGCUCCAGGCGAAGUACCCCUGCUUCCGCGUAGGUCGGGAGAGAUGGGAGGCUGAAUGCUUGGUGUGCCAGGAGGGCACCUACGUCUCUGUGGCCAACAAGGGCUCUCUUGACCUGGAGGCCCACGUCCAGUCCAUGAAACACCAGAAGAACCUGAUGGGGGAUGGCUCGGCGGCCAAGCUGCCGGGUUGCUUCGUCCCAGCUGACUGCCAGCCCUUCGACGCCGACGCUGCAACUGACGCUGAAACCUCAUCAAGCUUCGCCGCCGACGUGCUCCAGGACUUCAGCGAGCCCCUGGCUGGCUCACCUACCUUGCCCAAAACACCUGACCCUGUCUUAGAUGUUGUGGGCUUGCAAAUCAAGACAGAGGCGAGGCCGGACGAGGCACUGGCUCCCUUCACAUUGGACUGUGGGGUGGACCCGCUGGACGGCGUCCCCUAUUUCGGGGUGGCCCUGGGCGCCGGCGAGGCGGGGACCCCCUUCUCCAUCCGGAUCCACUAUUUUGACUGGAAGCAGGGUGGCAUGCAGAGCAGGGUGAUCGGUGUGGAGUCGCCGCAGGGUGAACUGGCCUCCAGUGCCGCCAUGUUGGCGUGGGAGGCCUUGGAGAGUCACGGGCUGCAGCAGCGGUGCGUGGCCGUUGUGGGCGAGAGCCCCAACGCCAUGCUGGGGGGGCUGGGGUGCUGCACCCAGGGUCCGGCUGAGGCAUCCGGCUUGCAGGAGCUGCUGGAAGGGGUCUUCGUCGCCACCGACUGCCCCGUGCACCUCCUCAGCAACUGCAUCCAGCAUGGGGCGGACAGCCUGGAGGUGGACCUGCAGUCCCUUAUCUGGAAGAUUUAUACCUAUGUCUCUGUCUACGCCGUCUGCACCGAACCGCUCAAGGACUUCUUGGAGUUUGCCAAGAGGGAGUACCGACGGCUGCUCCACCAUGCCAGGAUGCCUUGGUUGCUCUUGCUGCCUGCCAUCACCCGCUUGCUGCAAGUCUUCCCAGCUUUGAAGUCCUUCUUCCUCUCCCUCAGCCACCCUCCCUUUGCUAUCCGGACCUUUUUUGAGGAUGCCUUCAGCGAGAUCUACCUACAGCACAUGGCUUCGCAGGUGGCCAUCUUUGACAUGCACCUCAGGACCUUGGCGAGGGAGGACAACUCACCCUGCGAGGUGCUGGAUGUCCUCUCCUCCAUCCGCCGCACCCUCCUGGAGUGCAAAGCCCAUGGCUUCAUGUCGCUGCAGGUGAAGGAGCUGCUGGCGGAGCAGCAAGUGGCCGGGAGGGUUGGAGAGUGUGACACCUUCUGCCGCCAUGUCCAGACCCUCUACGUGGCGUUUCUCGACUACCUGGAUGCUCGGAUGGGGCCGUUUGGGGAGCUUUCCCAUUUCCAGUGGAUGCAGCUACGGGCACCACCAACGUGGGCGGAGGUGGAGGCGUGCAUCAAGUACCUGGCGGACCAUGGGGUCAUGGUGGACGACAGCAAAUGCUUCGACCAGUUCUGCCACCUGACCACCUUCUUGAAGGACUACGGGAGCGGCAUCGAUUUCAGCACCCUGCAGACACACCAGAAAUGGGUGCGUUUCUUCAGCAGCUCUCACAGCCUGGGCAGCCACUCGGAGCUCCUCAGAAUUGCUCAAGUUUUCUUCGCCAUCCCCUCCCGCGGGGCCGAUUUUCCCAGGGAGCUUUUCCGUAUGUGAAGCUGGUGGGACCAGGCGUGGAUCUAUCGGUGCCGCUGUGGCCGGGCUACUGCGAAGCGUGCGGCAUGUCAGGACUUCUUUUUUGCAACGAUAGACCUAUUGAUUCCCGGUUUUGUACAUCAGCCCACCGGGGAGGAUUUGUUAAUGGAGUUUUUAAAGCCUGUGCGCCAUCUGCAGGAGUGGUGACUUUGCUCUUGUGUGAAGAAACACCACCAUGGGCUCUGUGGGCACUGGACGGAUGGUUGGGGGUCAGAUGGCUUUUGGGGUGAAAGUCACCCAGGACUCAACAGACUUAUUUCUUGGGAUGGAGAGGGAAGGUGAGGUUUUGUCCAUGCGCUUGGGGUCUCCAAGCUUGGACCACAAAACCAGACCUCAGGCUUGUGCACCCGCCUGCCCUUGCUCUACCUAAGGGGUGGAGAAGACUCUUGCAGCAUCGUGGAGGUAGCUGGAGAUACCCGAGCUUUCCAGCUGGGGAGAUUUUGUCACCUGCCUGCUCCCCUCAAACUUCCCGGGGAUCAUAGAAUCAUCAAAUACCAGGCUGGAAGGGACCUCAAGGAUCAUCUGGUCCAACCUUUCUUGGCAAAAGCAUGGUCUAGACAAGAUGGCCCAGCACCAAGUCCAGCCGAAUCUUAAAAGUGUCCAGUGUUGGGGAAUCCACCACUUCCCUGGGGAGAUUAUUCCAGUGACCCAUUGUUCUCAUUGUGAAAAUUUUUCCUCUUGCAUCCAAUUGGAAUCUCCCCAGGAAUAACUUGCACCCAUUACUCCUCGUCUUUUCCAUGUGAUUCCUUGUAAAAUCUUCUUUGUAGCCACCCUUUAAGUACUGGAACAUGGUGAUGAGAUCUCCCCCAAGCCUUCUUUUGUCAAGGCUGAGCAAACCCAGUUCUCUCAGCCUUUCCUCAUAUGGCAGGCUUCCCAGCCCUUUGAUCAUCCUGGUGGCCCUCCUGGACCCUCUCCAGCCUGUCCACAUCUUUUUUGUGUAGCAGGGUCCAAAACUGAACACACUAUUCCAGGCGUGGCCUGACAAGUGCUGAGUAGAGUGGGAUAACGACUUUAUCUCCACUGGUGAUACCCUUGUUGAUGCAACCCGGGAUCCUCAUGGCUUGCUUUGCUGCCGCAGCACACUGUUCACUCGUAUUGAGCUUGCUGUCCACCAGGACCCCCAGGUCCCUUUCCACAGAGCUGCUCUCCAGCUGGGUAGAUCCCAGUCUGUGCUGCACUCCUGGAUUAUGUUUUCCCAGGUGUAAGACCUUCCAUUUGUCUGUUGAACUUCAUAAGGUUCUAGUUAGCCCACUCUUCCAGCCUAUCCAGGGUGGCUCUCCCUUCUGAAGUGUCUACUUCCCCAUUCAGUUUGGUGCCAUCCGCAAACUUCAUUAGGGUGCACUUGAUCCCAUCAUCCAGAUCACUUAUGAGGAUAUUAAACAGCAUUGGGCCCAGUAUCAACUGGCAGCCCUGUAGGUCACCAGUUCAAAGAAGAGCUAUUUACCAGCACCCUCUGGGUGCAGCCUGUCCGCCAGUUCCCCACCCACCGCAUGGACCCCUUGUCUAGACCAUAACACAUCAGUUUCUCUAGGAGGAGGCUGUGGGGAACUGUCUCACAGGCCUUGAAGAAAUCUGGGUAGACAAUGUCUGCUGCUCACCCCACGUCAACCAAACAGGUUACUUGGUCAUAGAAGACAAUUGGGUUUGUCAAGCAUGAUUUGCCCUUGGUGAAUCUGUGCUGGCUUUUCCCAAUCAUGUGCUUCAUUUGGCUUGUGAUAGCCCCCAGGAGGAUUUGUUCCAUAACUUUCCCAGGGACUGAAGUAAGAUCGAUGGGCCUAUAAUAUCUCCUUUGUGAUGCAUAAAGGGCCUUGCCAAGGCUGAACAUCAGGAAGAACCACCAUGAAGGGAGUCCUGCCCUCCUCCUGGUGCUCCCCACCAUCCCAUCAUCUGCAAGAGGACUUACCUUGGCACACCUUGAGGCAUUUAUUGCCCAUGCCAGGAGAUGGAGCAGAGAUAAGGUGCCUGGCUGGCAGAAAAUAAAUAUUUGCAUUAAUAUUCACAUAUUCACCUCCUGCCCAAGUAUUUGUUAAUAUCCACACACGAGUCCUCCUCCCUUGCAGUUUUCCUCCUGCGAUUGCAAGAGCAGCACUGGAUGCCGAAAAAAAAGCGCCUUUCUCUGUCACGUUGUAAUAUUGACACAAGCGCACCCUGCCCGGGCAAGGACUUUGAGUAUCUCAAGAUAUGGACUCAUAAGGACCAUCAAGUCCAAGGAGGACUUUAUACAGGCAUUCUCAGAGAGUUCUUUUUCUCAACAGGAGCUUGAUUUUUCUGCUCCAAAACCACCUUCUUCCCACCGGAGAGCUGCCCAGAGCUGUGGAGAAGACACUGGAGGCACCUCUCCUGUUCUCCAGGACCUUUCAAAGAUGAUUGAGAGCGUCUUAGCAAUAACAUCUGCCAGCUCCCUGAGCACUCAUGGGUGCAUCCCAUCAGAGCCCAUGGAUUUGUGGAUGUCGAGUAUGCCUAGAUGUUCUCUAACCUGAUCCUCCUCGACUAGUCAACUUGCCAACACUGACAAGGGUACCACGUUCCACCGAGUCAAGCUCAGUGUGUGCCAGGAGGCUGCUGUGCUCUCUGCUGGCAACAUAUGGGUCACAGCCACCAUGUCCAAUGCUGCACAGUUGGUCAUCAAAGUAAACAUGGAGAAUCAAGAUAGUUCCUCCUCUGAAUCCAAAGGUGGCACCACCCACUAGCCUUGGGCAGCAUCAGCUAAAAGGAUGGACAUACCUUGCCUGUUUUGCUGUAAAUGUCAUGCAGAACCUGCUGCCCUCAAUAAGUGGUUGAGCAAAGCAAUUGUGCACCCAAACUCCUUCUGUGUUGCCCUAAGAUAUGAGAGGAAGAAGCCCAGGAGGAGAAAACAGCUCUGGGCUUCUUCAUGUGCCACGUUAUCUGAUGAGAGGUUGGUGGUUACCAUGAGCUGUGUCACAUUUCACUGUGAGGUGCAGCCCUCUGGGGGUUUCCUGCUUGGGUACUGCUGGCAAUAGGUGCCUUUGAGCAAUGUGUUGACGGGCUCCAACCAUGCGAGGCGACAUUUACAGCCAAGACUCAAGUGGGACUCAGGCUCCUACCUCCAUUUGGUGGAGAAUUAAGCAUCUAUGAGACCUUCAGAGACCAACACAGACGGCCAACAAUCAGAGGCAAAACACCUUUUUAAUUGAAGGACCUUUUUAAUUAAUUCCUGCCCAAGAGCCACCAUGAUGUUCACAGCUGGCCAAACUCUUCACCUGCCACUGGCUCGGGCAGUGUAUUUUGGCUGAGAGCUGCUUUUGGUGGUUGGAGAUGCAGUGCAGGUGGCAUUGAGUCAAGGGACACCAUCUUGGGUCAAUUCCUCCCUGCCACAGCCAUGGGGAGCUGACAAUUCAUUGUGGUCCUUGCCAUGGACCCCCCAGCACCUUGGAGCAUCUCUUUGCUCUGCCAAGAGGUCCUCCACCUGCAAGGACUCCUGGACAUCUCUUCCUUCACAGCAUCUGUGAAAUGCUGUGGUCUUCUACCGGGGCAUGAAGAUCUUCAGCCUGGCCAGGUGGACUUGCUGUCCUGCAAGCAAGACAUAGUGAUGGGUCAAUACAUCUUGUUAGACCAUCCCUGCAGAGAGGAGCCUCCAUGAGGUGUGCACAGCUCCGUGCCUUGGUGGGGGCUUCCAAAGCCUCCUCAGAUGACCCAAAGUCCACUUCGUGCCCCCUGAUCUUGCAGACUGCUUGAUUUUAGUGUGCGCACUCGUGAAUCCUCAAUUGAUAGCACGGUUAAAUGGGCACCACGCAACAGGGCUGGUGGUUCUCUUACCAAUCUGCAGGAGGAGAUGGAUGCCCAAAGCCAGACCCAGGAGGGAGAGGACUACAAAGGCCAGGCUGACGGAGAUUCCCAGCCCUGGGAGAAAGAAAGCAGAUGGUGGCACCAUCAUGACCACCCAGGACAUCUGCAGCUCCCCACGUGAUGAUGACUUCUGGGUUCCUGAACUCUUCUUGAAAACCUCCAGUGCUCAGGAGGGGGAACAGGUUUUGUUUCGCUGCUCCAUGACCAUCCACCUCCUGAUACCCGAAUUGUCAUCUUCUGCAAGGACGGGGUGGAGGACUUCAGCCUGAAAGCCCAGCGAGGUCAUGUCACCCUGGGGAGUGCAGGGAUGUACACGUGUGGAUACCAGCACAGGAAUGAGACUAACUGGGUGAGGAGCUCUGCCCUCAGUGCUGCCUGGCGCCUGACUGUCACAGGCACAGAGUCCAGCUCCCACGCAGCACCAUCGACCACAGCUACCAAUCCCUGGCUCCUCCACACCUUCCCCACAGGCAUCAUGCUGGGAGUGGUGGCUGUCCCCUCCUCCUCCUGUUUGUAGCCAGCUACUAUGCUGUGAAGAAAGGGGCCUGCAGAGACCGAUGCCAAAGUGCUGAGGACUCUUCUGCUGACAACCGGAAUUACUGUCUCCAAACCAAACUAUUCUGAAGCUUCCCUGUAUGCCAACUUAGGAGAAAGAAGAGGUGAUGCAGGCAGCUUCUGAGUUAUCCAACCCAAGAGAGGGAAUUCAUGUGGAUCCUUUCUGGCUUUCUCUCCCCCCGCCAAGGAUUUGUGUUUUGGGGCAGGAUCCUGGGAUGCAAACUCUAUGAAGCUAGGAUUUUCUCGUGACCAUGAUAUAGCUGUGAAAAGACAGCAAAAGACCCCAAGAUCCCUCUCCACUAGAAACACUUGGCUCCCUUCAUUGUGAAGAUCAUGUUGUGUGGGCAGGGAUGGUGUCCACACAAGUUCUCUGAGACAAGCAAGGACAAAUGGGAAAGCAUGGAAGAUCUGUGAGCUGCAAAUAAAAGCAUGAAGAGGCACCCGAAAAGAAAGGAGCUGCUAUUGCCUUAUUCCAGGAGAGGUGUUGCGUGAAAUGCCCCCUGCAAACAGUUACCUGUCUCCAGGGGCUGUAACAGAAACCUGGUGGAUGGGGCUCCUAUGGGGACAUCAAAACCCAGCUGGCUUGGAAAGCUGCAAAGUUCUUCCCAGCUAAAGCCUCACCAUUAAUGCAAAUCCACAGUCACCAACUGAUGAUAAUUUUGAUGCAAGACCAUGAUCUUCACAAACACUGGUGGCCCCAUGACCUUGCCUGGUAUUGUAACACUCCAAUGGCAUGGGCCAUUUUGGGUAGGAUGAGGGCAACAAAUGCGUUUUGGCUGGGAUUUUGGCUUGGGAAGGAAAGCAGGGCCAAGACGAGCAAGGAGAGGCAGUAGUGGAGUGUGAACAUGAAUCUUUUAGGGUCUGGUAGACAUCUCAGCUGAGCUCAGAGAAGAGACAGCUCCCCUUUCUAUCCCUAUGUAUCUCUACGGUCCCUUCAUAUCUCUACAGCCGUCCCUUUGUAUCUCUACGGCUGUCUUUGGGCUGCUCAGUCCCACUUUUGAAGGGACCGUAUAAGAGAGAGCUGCAAUGGGUGAUACAAAUUCAUAGAUGUUUAUUCUUCAUUGGAGCAAAACCACAUCAUCAUUACACAUAGCUAUUAACAGAGAUGUGUGAGCACAUCAGUGCAUAUGUAUCCGUGUAGCCGUAUCUAGGUAUGUGCAUUGGUGUGUGUAGAUAGAAGAGCACACCCAUAGUUGUAUCACGCAAUUUAUGUAUACACAUGUGACACUUUACAUAGUGGGAUGGAGAUGUCUUCACUUCAGGUACUCCUGUAGACAUUUACAAUCUAUGGAAUAUAUUUAUACAUCAGACAUUGUAAAGAUAUGUGCAAGUCAUAGAUGUACUUUUGGUGAAAGUCAUGCAGAAGACAUUUAUGAUGUGUAUGGAAAGAGCUGGGCAUGGUGGACGGAUUGGGCAUGGAGAUGUCGUCAUGGACAGGGCUUGUGGGUAGGUCUUGCGGUCCCAAGCUGAGUCUUGGCAAUUGCCCAGCAAGAACUGGUGAAGAGAAGCGAAGGGGUUAGCACACAUGCCAUCUCUCCAGGUGAACCUCCUGGCUCCUGCCCUCUUAGCAUCAUAGAAUCUUAGAAUUUUUGUGGUUGCAAAAGACCUUUAAGAUCAUCAAGUCCAACCUUUAACCUAGCACUGAGAAGUCCAACCACUAAACAAUGUCCCAAAGCACCACAUCCACAUGUGUUUUAAAUACCUCCAGGGCUGGUGACUCAACCACUUCCCUGGGCAGUCUCUUCCAAUGAAUGAUAACUCUUUUGGUGAUGAAAUUUUUCUGAACAUCCGGUCUAAACCUCCUCUGGCAGAACUUGAGGCUGUUUCCUCUUGUCAUAUUGCUUGUUAUUUGGGAGAAGAGACUGACAGCCACCUGGCUACAACUGCCUUUCAGGUAGUUAUAGAUAGUGAUCAGGUCUCCCUUCAGCCUCCUUUUCUCUGCAAUAAACAACCCCAGUUCCCUCAGCUGCUCCUCAUCAGACGUAUUCUAAACCCUUCACCAGCUUCGCUGCCUUCUCUGGACAUGCUCCAGCACCUCAAAUGUCUUUCUUGGAGUGACGGCCCAAAACUGAACACAGCACUCAAGGUACAGCCUGACCAGUGCCGAGUACAGGUGGACAAUCGCUUCCCUAGUCCUGCUGGCCAUGCUGUUCCUCAUACAGGCCAGGAUGCUGUUGGCCUUCUUGGCCAGCUGGGAACCCUGCCAGCUCAUAUUCAGUUGGCUGUUGACCAGCACCCCCAGGUCCUUUUCCACCAGGCAAAUUUCCAGCCACUCUGCCCCAAGCGUGUAGCAUUGCCUGCGGUUGUUGUGACCCAAGUGCAGGACCCAUCACUGAUUCUUGUUCAGCCUCAUACAGUUGGCCUUGGCCCAUCGAUCCAGCCUCCCCAAAUCUCUCUGCAGAGCCUUCCUACCCUCAAGCAGAUCAACACUCUGAAUCAACACUCAGAACAACAUAAAGAGAACCGGCCCCAGUACUGAUCCCUGGGGAACACCACUAGUGACCGGUCACCAACUCGAUUUAUCUCCAUUCCCCACAAGUCUUUGGGCCUGGCCAUCCAGCCACUUUUUACCCAACAAAGCAUACACUCAUCCAAUCCAUGAGCAGCCAGUUUCUCCAGGGGAAUGCUGUCGAAAAUCAUGUCAAAGUCUUUACUAAAGACCAGGUAGGCAACAUCCAGACUCUUUCUGUCAUGCACUGAGUGUGUCACCUUGUCAUAGAAGGAGAUCAGGUUAGUCAAGCAGGACCUGCCUUUCAUAAACCCAUUCUGACUGGGAUUCCAUUCCUUGGUCCAACCCUGCCGCCCCAGAGGAGACACAGGGGGAUGUUCCAGCCUCCGACAGCCAUGCCCUCCACGUCCUGCAUCCCUCCUGCAUUUCACAUCACCUGGGGUGGUGCCAACAGCCAAGGGCAGUUCCAUGGGCACCGGCCAUCUUGUUAAGGUGAUGUGCCAGUUUUGGCUGGGAGAGAGUUAAUUUUCUUCCUAGUAACUAUUACGGGGCUGUGGUUUGGAUCUGUGCGGGAAACAGUGCUGAUAAUUCAGGGAUGCUUUUGUCAUUGCUCAGCAGUGCUUACACAGCAUCAAGGCCUUUUCUGCUUCUCACGCCAUCCCACCAGCACACCAGGGGUGCACAGGAAGUUGGGAGGGGACACAGGUGGGACAGCUGACCCCAACUGACCAAAGGGAUAUCCCAUUCCAGAUGACAUCAUGCUCAGCAUAUAAUGCUGGGGGAAGAGGAAGGAAGGAAGGAGGGGACAUUCACAGUGAUGGCGUUUGUCUUCCCCAGGAACCAUUACUCAUUGGAGCCCUGCUUUCCUGGGGAUGGCUGAACACCUGCCUGUCUAUGGAAAGCAGUGAAUGAAUUCCUUGUUUUGCUUUGCUUGCGUGUGUGGCUUUUGUUUUACCUAUUAAACU